AUGUCGCUGCACCAGAGACAAUCAGAAGCCAAGGAAACGCGAAGCGAGCGACACAUCGAGUUCUGUAGAAGAAACUAUACACAAUUAUUUGAAUCCCUUCUAUCAAAUACGAGUGGCAACAUCAUGGCAGCAGCAUCACUAGCAUCAGUACUCAGGAUCAUCAUUGUGGCCACUCUGGCUGGCAGUGCGCUGGGCGCAUCUCUUCCUUCUUUGGAAAAAUCGGAGCCAGGACUUGGACGUGCCCAGAGGAUUGCCCAGUGCCGGGAGCUGUGCUAUCGCCAGUCGCAGCCGGUGAUCACGCCCCCGUUCCUCUGCCGCUCUCGGCCAGAGUGUUACAUGUGCCACGACUACUGCCGUGUCCUGGUCGUGGUCCAGCAGAGUUUGGCCACAUCGAUGUGUGCGGAUCGAGAGUUUUGCACUCGCGGUUGCCGGGUGGCCUGCUCCUAUCAUCGCCUCAGGAUAUUCCAAAAGGAAGCAACGGGAGCAGCAGAGCCAGACAGCGGAAAUGCGGUGGUCAAGAAGUGA